AUGCAAUUUGAGGACAAUCCCAUCCCUUUAGGCUUAGAUUCUUAUGUCAAAUGUUUAUGCGAUUUAGUUAUGCCUUAUUUGAUGCCAAAGCGAACAUCCAUUGGAAUGGUUAUGAUUGAGGGGCCCAUCGGUUCCGGAAAGAAGACAAUUGUGAGAGCGAUGUGUAAGAACUGGAAUCUCCAUCUCUAUCACGUGAACACUAAUGACAUAUUGGGUGAUACGGGCGGACAAACGGAAACUAAGAUGAGGGCCGCGCUCUCGAAAGCAAUGGUGUAUUCGCCGACUGUUGUCAUGAUUUCCAAUAUUAAUAUUCUGGCGAACAAUGAGUUAUUCGAUGACUCGAGGAUUGCAAAGAUUUUCAGUCAAACAAUGUUUGAAAUGAAUGACGCGAACAAAGUGGAUGGUCUCGAUGUGGAGGAAAGGGAGUCUAUAUUAAGAUCACUUAUGGGACAAAUACCCACCAGUGAUGUCCACUUCAAAGAAUUGGCCCAAAAGAGCUCUACAUUGAAUUUGUCUGAUUUAAAAGCUUUAGUCUUAAAAGCUCUCAAAUAUGCUUUCGAGUCAUUUAAUGAUAACAAUGACAACAUAGAUGCGAGUGAUUUAACCCUAUCAGGAGUGGUUGUGACCAAUGAUUAUCUCGUGAGAGCUUUGAAUGAUUUGCAGAAAAUGCAUUCCGAAGCAAUCGGUUCACCAAACAUCCCAAAUGUUAAAUGGGAGGACAUUGGAGGUCAUGAAGCAAUUAAAUCGGAAAUUUUAGAUACAAUACAAUUACCCCUCGAAUGUCCACAACUGAUAUCUCUUGGUUUCAAGCGCUCAGGAGUUCUUCUAUACGGCCCGCCCGGCACUGGGAAGACACUGCUGGCCAAAGCAGCCGCCACUCAGUGUUCUCUUAACUUCUUGAGCGUUAAGGGACCGGAACUGAUCAAUAUGUUUGUCGGACAAAGUGAAGAGAAUGUCCGCAAUAUAUUCUUGAGGGCCCAGAAGUGCGCGCCGUCUGUCAUAUUCUUUGAUGAAUUGGAUUCAUUGGCGCCAAACAGAGGCCAUAGCGGAGACUCCGGUGGUGUUAUGGAUAGAGUGGUGUCUCAAUUGUUGGCAGAAAUGGAUGGAAUCAAUAAAUGUAAUCAAGUGUUUGUGAUCGGGGCCACAAACAGAGUGGACCUAUUGGACAGCGCACUCCUUAGGCCCGGAAGGUUUGACCGUUUAUUAUAUGUGGGAAUCGCUGAGGACUCUGAAUCAAGACUUAAGAUAUUAAAGGCUUUGACCCGAAAAUUUAAUUUCGAGAGUGAUCUCGAUUUGGAAGGGAUUGAGAGGUUGUGUCCGUCCGGCCUGUCGGGCGCCGACUUGUACUCCAUUUGUUCCAAUGCUUUGAUGAAAGCAAUUGAGAGGAAUAUUCGACAAUUGAAUGACAAGACUCUGGCCGAAGAGGAAUUAAGCGAAAUUGUGGUACAAAUGUCUGAUUUCACAUAUAAUGCAUAUCUCGAGAACAUGUCUGGAAUCGAGUUAGCGAAUGAUCGACUCAUUGAUGCGUGUAAUGGAUGGGGAGAUGGAAGCGAUGAGCGGAUGUGCCGUUAUUUGAGGAGUUUCUGCGCCCUUUCGUUAGCGCCUUGUAUUCGGUUCUUAUUAGACUCGGCCUUAUCAUUGAUUCGACCCAACUGUUGGUUCUGA